AGGAAGUAGGUGACAUCUUGUUUCCGGAACAAGAAGAGUUGUGUGAAGAAGCGUACGGUUUAUGUUGGAAACCGUGUAACUUAGUCUUAAGACGUUGACUGAACAAUGCAAUGCAAAUUACUUUAACGUAAGCGUUUAACAUAGAGCCAAUGAGAUGUCUGAUACUGUAGCCUUUCAUGCUCAGCUAGCCUCCAUCAUUGAGGUUUUGGCGAAUGCAGCCGUUGCCGAAAUCUGCAAACUUGUAGAUGACGGCCAUGCCUCCUUACGGUUGGAAAUUUCCCAUAGCCAGAAAGAAAUCGACAACCUGCGGAGGAAGCUGCUUUUGACAAAAUUCCAGCAUUCUCGACGGAGUGCAGAGAAAUUGGGAGUCCUGCGACGCACAGUUCACCGACGCGUGGACACCGAUAAGUUUACCCCGGCAAGAGAGAGCUUCGUAGAAAAGCCAACAGACAGACUUGGAUAUUUGCAGAAUUGUUUUGCCGACAGUGAAGGGAGCAACUUUACGCAGAAUGUAGUCAACUGGAGAGACUCAGAACGCACAGCAACAGACCGGGAUUGGGGCAUGCAGAUGGCAGCUAUGCAAGUGGCACCUCUUAUCAAAAUGGAGAACCAUGGCACCAGUAGAACAGAAGAGAUUGUCCAACUGGUCAGUGAGAGCAGUGAGAAGAUCAUUGUGGCAGAACCAGGUUCUUCGUCAUCUACUGAAACCACAGACCCUCUGGACCAGCAGGACAACCGAGACAGAGCUCCAGACACCUCACUCAAUAUAGAACCUGAAAACCAGACCUUCCAGCAUCCAGCGUCACAAUACAACAGAGCAAGACAGGACCAUCAGGUUGCUGAGGGUGUGACCUGGGAAACUGACCAUCAACCCAUAGAAUACAGCCUGUCCCAAUGGACAGAGAACCAAGAGACUGACAACCCAACUGUGAAUGCUCCUCACAAUGCAGGGCCAGACUCCAAGAGGCUGUCUGGACAUCCAGAGAGGAGAGGGGUGUCUGGUAACUCUGGGGUCUGCAUGUCUGCUCCAGGCUCUCUGGACUGGCUGCCUGAUGUGGUGAUGGUGGACUCAGUUCCCAUUAAAGUAGAGGCAGAUAUGAGUUCAGAAUGGAGCAUAACUGGCCAAGAGGCGACAUCUGGAGAGGUCUGUUCAGACGGCAGGCAGCUUGUGGACAACAGAGGAAGAGGGGGAAUGGAGUCUGGACAGACAAAGUGUCCCCCUGACACUCAACAUGCAGAACAAGGGACAACUGUAGGAUCAAGGUCCAAGAUGUCAGAAUUCAAUGGACUGUCCACCCGAAACAGAUUUUCAUCCCCAAGGGUUAUUCUCCACCAGGUUCCCCAAAGAGGGAAGCCAGCCCACUCCCCGAAUUUCAACAGAGGCUCCACUUCUUCACCAAAAGGCAUAGAAAAGCAGCCGCAACAGCUAACGUCUCACUCGCCCAAGAGGCAGCUCCGGUGCAGCCUCUGUGGAAAGCCCUUCCACCAGCCGGCUCACCUGCGGAGUCACAUGCGGGUCCAUACGGGGGAGAAACCGUACGGCUGCAGCCACUGCACCAAGCGCUUCUCCCACAGCCACCAGCUGAAGAUGCAUGAGAGGGUGCACACCGGAGAGAAACCAUUUCACUGUGUCUACUGCGGGAAGUCCUUCACCCAGUCCGGCAACAUGAAGAAGCACCUCCUCGUCCACACUGGUGGCAGGCCACAGGACAUUGGGCUGCCCUGAGUGUUCCAGGGUGAAGUUUCCCCUUGGUACAGAUCUAGGAUCAGCUUCCUCUCCCACAAUCUUAACCUUUACCAUUAGUAGAAAGAAAUGCUAAACUGACCCAACAUCAGUGUCUAGGGGCAAUUUAACACUACUCUUCCUGGUGUAAUGAAAUGCAGGGCCAGUAGUUUUUCCUCAGAAUGUGACCAGACUGGGGGGAAACUCCUGGUCCUAGUUGUAAGGGGAAUGGCUCCACACUCAUGGGUUUUCAUAUUUAUUUAUUUAUUUAUCCGUUAUUUUACCAGGUAAGUUGACUGAGAACACAUUCUCAUUUGCAGCAACGACCUGGGGAAUAGUUACAGGGGAGAGGAGGGGGAUGAAUGAUCCAAUAUGAAAACUGAGUCGAUGUGUUUUUAACAGUUUGAUUGGUUUCCACAUUGAACGGUUCUGGUGUGUAGUGGUUGUAUUUUCAGUUUACUGGCUUGAUGCUUGGUCCAGAGUGGAUAGAUAAUGUAUAAGUUAUGAAGAAGACUCGAUCCUGAGCUAGCCUGACGACUCACACUAAAUUAUUCAGCUGCUCUGUCGUUCACUACAUACAGUCAUUUGUGGUGAUGAGGGGCACUAUGGGUGUUGUACAAAAUAAAGUCAUCAGUGAUUGGAUCGUC